AUGCAUGCUCAUCGGGUGUUUGCUGGAUGCGAUCAAACUUUCGUCAUUACUCACAGGCCUUCUUGUCCUCCCGGCUCCUUCUCCGCUACGGGACUGCAGCCAUGUACCAUCUGUCCUGCUGGCAAGUACCAGGGCAAGGCCGAGGGUAAGGUUUGCGAGCCCUGUAUGCAAGGCAAGUACUCAGAGGAAGGAUCGAGUGACUCUUGCACACCUUGUCCAGCUGGAAGGUAUCAGAACGAAUCAAGACAGACAUUCUGCUACGACUGCGAUGCUGGGAGCUUCUGGAGUCCAACAGGAGCAGAGCCCUGCAACAGGUGCCCACUUGGUCAGUUCAGCGUCGCAAGGAACAGCUCGACGUGCUCGUUGUGUCCAGCUGGAACCUUCUCUUCCAUGCUCUCGCCUGCUUGCGUCUCCUGUGGCCCCGGCUUCGUCUCUUCUCAGGAUGGCUCCAGCACAUGCAGCGCAUGCUCGCCGGGUUACUUCAAGAACGAGAGCGGAGCAGCGACCUGCGAGCCCUGCCUUCCAGGC